GGCGGCAUCGUGGAGGCAGUGCGCACCGAGUACGUCUACAGCCGGCCCCCGCCCUGGUCUGCCGCGCUGGCGCCCCUCUACGUGAUCACCGCCACCUUCCAGCGGGCGGUGCAGAAGGCGGAGCUGACGCGGAUGGCCAACACCUUCCUCCACGUGGCCAACCUGCACUGGGUCGUGAUCGAGGACGCCCGCAACACCACCGCGCUGGUGCGCCGCCUGCUGAAGGCCACGGGCCUCAACUACACCCACCUCCACCUGGAGACGCCCAGGGUCCUGAGGACGACUGGGUCCUACCCGCGGGGGGGCAUCCAGAAGAACUUGGGGCUGCGCUGGCUGCGCCUGACCAUGGGCGAGGCGCCCCCCGGGGUGGUGUACUUUGCGGACGAUGACAACGUGUACAGCCUGCAGCUGUUUGAGGAGAUGCGCUCCACCACGAUGGUGUCGGUGUGGCCCGUGGGCUUCAUCGCAGGCCGGAAAUACGAGUCGCCCAAGAUCAACGCCCAGGGCAAGGUGUGCGGCUGGGUGACGGGGUUCGCACCGAAUCGGCCGUUCGCCAUCGACAUGGCUGGCUUCGCCAUUAACCUGAAGCUCCUCAUCCGAAAGUCUGAGGUCGUCUUCAAGCUGCGCGACGUCAAGUCGGGUUACCAGGAGACCAACCUGCUCAGUGCGCUGGUUUCCCUCAGCGACCUGGAGCCCAAGGCGGAUAACUGCACCAAGGUGCUGGUGUGGCAUACCAGGACAGAGAGGCCCACACUGGUGAAUGAGGGCCAGCGAGGUUUCUCAAAUCCCGAGGUUGAAGUAUGACGACAUGUACCGGGCAACCCAGCAUUGAGACAAAGGGACACCACACCAUCAGUCUGGAAGGCGUGAAGAGGGGGUUCAGCCACACCAUAAAGAGCUCUCUCAGCGACCUACAGCAGCAGCCCGGGCCCCUGCUCGGCAGAACAUAGGGGCCCUUUUUGUUGUCGCGGCUCCUAACUAGUUGUUUGGGGCACAGGGCGGCCAUGCAGGGAAGUAAUUGGGCCCUUGUCUUGUGACAAGGCAGCAGCAAAUGACAAUCAGAGACAUGAUGGAGGGCAUUUCUGCAAUAUUCCUGUUUUUUAUGUUAUGGGGUAUAUGGAUUUGUGUGUGUAACUGAAUGUUAACUGUAGUUUGAUAGUAGAUGGAGAUGGAUAGAUUGUGUGUAUAUGCAGACUUUGUGCUGCUUUGUCAUCUGCGUUCUCUCGAACGCUUAAGGGAGAUUAUAAAGGCUAAUCCAAUCACACACACACUAGUGGUUUGGUAAUGUCGGGAGAUGGAGUAUAGGUAUCCAUAUUUGGACAGUUGAUUGGGUUUGAUUGACAUGUUGCAAUAUCUUGCGAGCCGAGGGAAAUCAAUUCAUAUUGUCUUUACAUGUUCCAGCACAGUUUAGAGAGAGGUGUGUUUCAAAGGUUCCUCACAAAGAAACCUACCUUACCUGCCAUGUCCUUCCAAAGUAUGAAUGGGACUUUUUCUCCAGUAUGGAUUGGAUUUGGAUGUGGUGCUGGUUCGUUUUGUGUUUCUUUUCCUUCCACUAUUUAUAUGAUCGUCUGCCUAAGGGUUUCCUCCAUCGGUCAUUGAGUUCAUUGAGGUUACUUAAUACUAUUCCAAACUUUUGUAACUACUGCUGUUGUUCUGACAGCACUUGGGUCAACAUAAGUCAGGGUAUUUUCAUUUUUUCAGAGAAAUGUGCCAACUUUGCCUUUCUUUUAGAGACUUUGUAGUUGUUAUGUGCAGUACUGUGCAGUAUAUUCACAAAUGACGAUGGUAACACUUUACAUACAUUAAUUAACCAUUAAUUAACAUUUGUUAGUGCAGUAAUACGCCUUAGUGAAUAGCAUUAGCAUAGGCGUUAGUGUUUACAAGUGAUUAUGAGGAGGGGGCUAGGGUUAGCCCUAGCCAUAUUAAAUAAUGUAUCAAUUGACACCAUCAGUAAACGAUGACCCCAUUAGUUGAUUACUAGACCAUUACUUUACUGUUAGUUAAUGCUUAUAACUGCAUUAUCUUAUGUUUAUUAAAUGAACAUAUGUUGUUAAUGUUCCCAAUGGAUGUGUCUCAUGCUGAUCAUGUUUUAGCAUUCCAGGAGGCAUUCCACAGACCGAUGGUGAAGCAUUUAUUUGGUUAUUUUUGGUCCAUGUUUAAAAGGGCUGGCAUAACAAAGAGGUACGGUUAUACAUGUUAUAAAAAUCCCUCUCAAUGUAAACCUGUGUCUAAAAUCUUUUUAUUUUAUAUUAAAUGGGCAUUUGAUUACCUAUAUAUGCGAAUGUCUAAGCAAAUACCCUAGUCUGUAUGGUCAUUUCAUCGUCCAGUAAUGGUAGGCAGGGACAAAACCAAAAACGUUCAAACAUACAAAUAAAUAAUGUGGCAACACAUUCACUUGAUGUCGGCGGUCAUGCCCAGGUCGUGCGUAUCUUCCAGCUGGAUCUUGUAGUCUGCUUCUUGCUCCUCGAAUGCGAUGAUCUUCAAACACAGUAAACAACACCUCAGAGAGGGAGAGGGAGAGAGGGAGAGGGAGAGGGAGAGGGAGAGAGAGAGAGAGAGAGAGAGAGAGAGAGAGAGAGAGAGAGAGAGAGAGAGAGAGAGAGAGAGAGAGAGAGAGAGAGAGAGAGAGAGAGAGAGAGAGCGCAAAAACAAGACCAAGUGGACAAAAUGAUUGCGACUGAUUUAUAUUUCAGACCUGAUUCAUUCCACUGUUGAGAAAGGAUCCCGGCAGAUAGAGGGCCUGCUGGGGCCCACUGGACCAGUAGCGGCCAAGGUUCAGCCCGUUAAUAAACACAACUCCUCUGCCCCAUCCCUGCGGUUUCAUAAAAGAAAAAGGCAAGAAAAAUGGACUUGUGCUCAACAAAACACAUAAUUACGUUGCCAACGUUUCUGGGGAAAACAACAUGAACAGAAGGCGUCAAAGCCAGUGUAUCAUCACUUUGGCAUUCACUCACAGGAAGCUUCACAAAUGUGUCACUGGGGUAGCCGUAGGCAAACAGCGCUCCCAUGAGAAAGGCAGGGUAGAGGGGUACCUCGGGCCGAGCUUUCCACGGCGCCCGGUAAAGACUAGGACAAAGCAUCUGUCACUGUUUUAUGCACACAGAAAUCCUUUGACGAAGUAUUUUUACAUUUUUUGCCGUUCGCAUAUAGGAAGUAUUAUCUCAACAAACCUAUCGAUGAAGCUGGGUUUCAUAUCAAGGCUGUAGAUCGUGAAAUCUCGCAGAGGCGUUCCGUUUAAUAAAACGUCUCCCACCAAGCCUGCAACAAAGCAUAAUGAAUGAACACGAGCGUGCAGGCGACGGAUGCGCGUUCAACGAGGGAGUGGUUUGAUGGGAGGAAAGGCGGUGGAGUGGAACUACAACCUUUGCGUUGCUUGUCAAGGUCUUUGCCACGGUGUACCCGGCCACAGUUCUCCACCAAAAGGCUCAAAGUCCGCUUUCCCUUUUGGGGGUGAAAUGAUUUUUUGUUUGGUUUUUGGUCAGUGAGUCACCAGUCACGAUACAUCAGCCCACCCAGGCAGGCAAUGUUAAUCAAGAAUGGCAGAGUGUUGAUAGAUAGAUAGCCUACCUCGCCAUCAGGGACUGCCAUCUCUAGAGUGUUGCGCUUAAAAAACCCAAUAUACCUUCUGUCCACAAAGACCUGAAGAAGAAAAAACACAUUUAUUAAGGCAGACUGAAAAUGAAACGAAAUACAGUCAAGCUAUUGUUAAUAUGGGAUAAGUCUGUCAAGCACAUCACUCUAACAAGCAUUUAAGUUUGAUAAAAAAGUUGAAUCCAAACUAAUUUUUCAUUUGUUGUUGAAGACCACUCAAUAAACAAACUGUCAAUAAUUCAUAUUAAAGGCA